GCUGCCGUGCAGCAGUCGAACGCUGCACACGCCGCCCAGGCUGCGGUGGCUGCUGGCGCUGCUGCACAGCAACAGGCCAACCAGCAGCAUCAGCAACAGCAGCAGCAGCAGCAGAGUCAGACGCAGCUUCAGCAGCAGCUUCAGCAUCAGCAGCAGCCAAUCAAACAGGAGCAAACCAUCCAGGCCCCGCCCCCGCCGCAGCUGACCCUGUCCCAGCCCAUCCAGCUCACGGCACAGGACAUCCAGCAGCUGCUGCAGCUCCAGCAGCUGGUCCUGAUGCCUGGUCACGCUCUUCAGUCUCCGGCCCAGUUCCUCCUGCCUCAGUCUGCACAGGCCCAGCAGCCGCCGCAGGCUUUGCUCUCCGCAUCAAAUCUGAUCCAGCUACCUCAGCAAAGCCCAGGUGGCCUCCUGACCACACCCCCCCGCCUGGGCCUCCAAGCACAGAGAGAGAAGAGCAGUGAGGUGGGGGCCGGUGGGGGGGGCAGCAGCACCGGUUCAGUCUCUGGAUCUUUGGUCGGCUCUGGCGGCAGCAGCGGCGGCGUUGGCGUCGUGACAUCCGUAGGUGGCGCCACCUCCGCCUCCGGCAGUGCCAUGGCGCCCUCCCUGAGCUCCGGCCUGACCUCUGGAGGUCACGGGGGUCACCUGGGCGAGGAGCCCAGUGACCUGGAGGAGCUGGAGCAGUUCGCCCGCACCUUCAAACAACGACGCAUCAAACUGGGCUUCACGCAGGGAGACGUGGGCGUUGCCAUGGGGAAGCUGUACGGUAACGACUUCAGCCAGACGACCAUCUCCCGUUUCGAGGCCCUGAACCUCAGCUUUAAGAACAUGUGCAAACUGAAGCCCCUGCUGGAGAAGUGGCUGAGUGACGCAGAGACCAUGGCGGUGGACAGCAUGCUGCCCAGCCCCUCCUCCAUCUCCUCGCCGAUGCACGCCCUGGAGGGUCUGCCGGGCCGACGCCGGAAGAAACGCACCAGCAUCGAGACCAACGUGCGACUAGUUCUCGAGCGCAACUUCCACACGAACCAGAAGCCUACCUCUGAGGAGAUCCUCCUGAUGGCGGAGCAGCUCAACAUGGAGAAGGAGGUGAUCCGCGUUUGGUUCUGCAACCGCCGGCAGAAGGAGAAACGCAUCAACCCGUCCAGCAGCACCACCCCCCCCCUGCCCAGCCAGACUUCACCCGUGGUCACGCACAAAGCCCCCUGCUACAGCCCCCACAUGAUCUCCAGCCAGGCUCUGUCCCAGGUCACCACCAGCCUCAGCACAACAGCUGCCAGCUUGUCACCCUCUGCGUCCUGCCCCAUGACCCCCAUCAGCUCUGCUGCAGUUGGCUCCUCCUCCUCGUCUGUGACCACGCCCCCUCACAGCACAGCCAGCCCCACCCCUGCCAGCCUCGGCAGCCACGGCCUCAACGCUGGGAACACAAUGAUGGGAGUAAGCACAGGGAUGAACCAGGCUCUGAUUGGCAGCAAUCCUCUGGCUACAAUGCAAGCUUUGGCAGCCAGCGGCGGUCAGCUGUCCCUCUCCAGCCUGGACGGGGGGGCGGCCCACAUGCUCCUGGGUGGACCCGGCGGCCCCUCCUCUCUGCGCCCCUCCCUGUUCCUCAACCGCCCGACUCUUCUCCCGAUGGUGACCGGCUCCAUCGCCUCCACCUCCUCGCCCAUGGGCCUGGUCAGCAGCGGCGGCGUUGUCAUCGGCGGGCCCAGGCCGUGCUUCACCCAGUCUCCUUCCGCCGGCGCCCACGGCCACCUGAUGAGCCCCACCUCCUGCCCCGAGGAGUCCGUGUCUCCGUGCUCCAGCCCCGCCUCCUUCUGUUCCUUCAGCGAGGCCUCGCCGCCGCCCCUGGGCGGGACCAUGGCCGAGUGAUUUCCUGGAACGACAGCCAAAGUAUCCUAUCAGAGGAGGCGGAGUAGGAGGAGCAGGAGGAGGAGCGGGAGCAGCAGGAGGAGUGUUAAAGGAGCUUUAAGAAAUCCAAAUUUACAACCUCGCCUUUCAACCAAAGCCAUCUCUCUGUCCGAUCCAUCGCUGGGUUCCUCUCUCUGAGCGUGUCUCCCCUCUGACGUCGUCUGAAGCCAAAAAUAUACACUGACCAAAGAGGGGCGCCAAAACGGAGGACGAGAGAGAGAGAGGGAGAGAGAGACAGCAUGGAGAGGAGAGAGAGAACUGCAGAUCGGAGAGGAGAAAUCUGAAACCAAAUAAUGAUGGAGAGCUGGAGACGUGGCAGCGAGCAGUGUGACUUCUGUUUCUUUAGCUUGGCAUCAGGGGAGAAGGACGGCCACGCCUCCUUCCAUCGGAGGAGGAGGAGGAGAAGAAGACGACGACGAGACCGAGGGCAGGGACGAGACCUGGAACUGUGUGUGUGUGUGUGUGUGUGUGUGUGUGUGUGUGUGUGUGGACGAAGGAAGAGACUCGUUCCACGAGCUCAGAAGGUCAGGACGUGGGCUGCAACCAAAAGUUUUUUAACAAAGAAAAGAAGCUAGAAGAGAAACACACACCUGACAAAGAUGAAAACCAAAAUCUCCAAAUACCAAAAACUGAAAACCAAAAAAAAAAAGACAAAAAAAAAAAAAAAACAAUAACGGAGAGAAAAGCUUUAGUUCAAAAAGACUUUUUCAUCCUGAUCUGUCCAGGAUCAGUUCACCUCCCAUUCCACAUCAGGCCUCCAGGGGUCCUCAGUUCUGUGACAUUUCUACUGUUUUAAUGUUUUACAGCUGAUCACUGCAGCAGGGUCGCGACCUACCUCUAUACAAACACAGCUUUAACCACAUUAACACCGCAACACCAUUGUUUGUUUGUUUUAUUCAGCCUGGAGGAGCAGAUGGGUGGAGUUUACCUACAUGUAUUUUUGGGGGAUUUGAACACAAUUUUAAUCAGAUUAAAAAAAACAGACUUGGUUUCUAAGUCGGGGUCAAAGGUCAAAAGGACCAGAAGUUUAUAUCAAAUCCCAUCAUGCCUUGCGAGGCGCUCGAGCCUAAUUAGGCAGAUCUGUGCAUACUCUGCAUUAUAGAUGAUACUACAGUACUACUAACUGCAGUACUGUGGUGUGUAUUUAGUUGUACUUCGAGGUAAACUCCAUCCUUCCGCCUCAUUAAAGGCCAAACAUCGACCAAUCAUGGGGUCGAAUCCCAUUGGAUUGGUGUCAGACCUGAGCUUAGACCCAGUGACGUCCGGUGCCGGGCUGUUGGUGUGGCUGUAACACGGGGGCGUGGGCUGGAGGAGGACACCUCACACUCAGAUGUGGGUUUUUAUUUUAUUUGAAUUCAUUUUCUCAACGAUCGGUCCAUCCCAUCCUCGCGGUCCAGAUGGUCCAGAUCCAGAUCCGCUCAUCUUCCACCUGACAGUCACUCUUGGAAACCAAAGCAUCGCCUGCGGCGGCGUCGUCUCUGGAUCGGCUCCAGGAGACGAGCGUCCAGACAAAACCUCAGCAGUGUCGGAGGAGGGAGACAACAAACGCACCACCCAGUCCAAACCAAAAAAAAA